GAUAACAAUGGCAUUAUUUCAAUCGUCUUUGAUAAGGUGGACGCACAUUCACUCCGAAGAGGUUGGCGACGGCAGCGGCGACACUAAAUGCAUGGGAGAAUGUAAAACAGUGUCGCCCUUCCUUUUCUUUUUUUGCCGAUGGAUUAAACCCCGAGCCUUCAAUUUAGGUUGCUGCUCGGGUUGUAAAGGGGGGAACGACGAUGGAGUUGUAAUGACUGUGGCCACCGAACUGGAUGUUGGUGCCAAAAGCUCGGGAAGAGCAGUCUUCAACACAGAAUGGAGUUCCUUCAUAUCUGGCCGUUGACGAAUAUCCCCCCAGCUACUUUCAAGAAUCUUCCGGAGUUGUUCGGGCCAACCCCAUGAACCGCGAAUUGGUGGUCGGUAACCAGGAAUAUCAGAAUGAACGAGCUUUGCGUGCUCUUCUGGUAUGAGUUCAUCGAAGGGCCUUUGGAGAGUGAGAACUUCAUGAACUAGAAGGCCCACCGUAUAUACCUCGCUUCGAAGAUUGUAAGGGUCUCCUCGUGCGAUUUCCGGUGCCAUGUACCGCGGUGAGCCCAUCUUGCCCGUCAUGUUGAAUACUUGUUCUGCUUUCGGUGCGUUUACUGGUUCCUCAGACGACGAGGAUACCGAAUGCGACGAGUUCCAAUCCGAACCCACAGAUUUCUUGCUGCUCGAAACGCGAUCGAUACUCCUGGAACGGUUUAUGGAGCCAUCUACAGCUUCUUCAUCGAUUGGCUCUUUUUCUUUGGGAACCAAACGCGCAACAUCAAAGUCAAAAAUCUUUAGGGACAACGACGUCGGCGGGAAUCUCCCUCUGCUUCGAUUGCUACUGCUACUGUUGUCAACCGGACGAUAAACAUAGGUUACGCCGAGAUUGUCGGGUUUCAAAUCACGGUGCAAUAUCCGAUGCUUGUGCAAGUACUUGACGGUAUCGGACAACUGCAAGAGGAGGGCGACACGGUCCGAAAGCUGUGUUUUUGGCCAAUUGCUUGGAUACGAAUGAUUCCCGUUCUCGAUAUCAUUAUCAUUCCUAUCGUUUUCGAUCACAUUGGCGUUGCCUGAGUUAUAAACCAGUGCCAUAGAGUCUCCGGGAAGCGAGUGUUGGCUUUUGUUCGUGGAUUUUCUCUUGUUUCUUUCUGUGCUUCGAAACAGAUUCCUCCGCCAUCUCGUCCUUGGCUCAUGGGCACUACUGGUCUCGCGAGGUUCUGCAACAGCUCUCUCGGAGCAUUGUUCCCCUUCUUGGUGGUCUCGGCUCCAGCGCUCUAUCCAUUGUUUGAGGGUUCCUCCCUGGAGGCGUUCCAGGAUCAAAACGUAUCCAUCGUAAAGGUUUCCGUUCCUUCCGGAAAGUGCCGCAAAGUCGUUCCAGCCUGUGGGCGAGGUCCAUGCGUGGACCUUCAAUAUAUGGGGGUGAGAGAGUGCGGCCAGAAACAAGCCCUCCCGAAUCAAUCCCGCGGCUGUGCAUCGUGUCCAAAGCGAAGUCAACAAGCCAACGAUUGCACCCAAAAUGCAAGUGGGAUGCGGGAUGGAUGAAAUUUUCAAAAGUGUGGGUACACCAAAAAAUGCGAAGCAGAUAGAGAGCAAAACGUUUUGCGAGGCAAGCAUGAGUUUCGUUUUUUGCGACAAAAAUUGUAUGCAGCCCAACUUCUGGUUUCCGUUUUCGGUUUCGUCUCGCUUCGGCUCCCUUCGGUUCCAUCGCUUUCCGUUUCACGCUACCGUACGUACCACAGUUUGCGAAAAGUCUCGGUUUUUCCAUCAGUUUGGGCUGCAACAGCUUGACAACCAUGUUGCUGGGAUCGUUCGGCUCGUCCCAAUAGUUUUGGUAGCGGACGGGAUCCUCUGGGGUUUUGGUUCGGCUCCUGCCUCGGAGGCCAUCGUGAUCGCCGUCCGGGACCGGUGGUGCCAAGUUGUCCGUCCGAUGGCUGCCGUUGUCGUUGCAAUUGUCGCUGCCGCUUCCGUGUUCGGCUUCGUUUUCCACUUUGGAAACACGCAGGCAACCGCCGAUUCUCCGGCUCGAUCUCGAACGCCUGGUGGUCGUGCUCGUCGACCGGCGACUGUUUUCAACCACGUCGCUGCAACGGGGGUUUGGCUUGUGUUUCCGGCGGCGAAGCGAAGAGGGCCGCUCGUCGACGCCGGUGCCGGCGCCUUUGGUCCUCCUCCGGUUGUAUUCCGCGAGGACAAAGACGGACGAGAAACUCCCCUGUCCCAGGCAGGCGCCCAGCAGCAGGUCCGUCCCGUUGAUGCAUUCUGGAGCGGCCCUCUGCAGCUGCUUUUCGAAUUGUUGUUCUUGUCCUUGUUCUUGUUCUUGUCCUUGCUCGUGUUCUUGCUCUUGUUCUUGUUCUUGCCGCUGCUGUUCCAGAAGUUUUAGUAUCUUUUUUUUUCGUUUUCUUAUCCGCUUGUCGCAAAAGGCAAUCAGGGAGUUUUCGUUGUCUUCGUCGCCCUCGACGCGGGCACGGACCCGACUCGAGAGAAGCUCUCGAGCCCCCGGAUCCAUUCUAUAGUGUGCGUUGUAGGAGCCGAUGGAGUCUGCCGAGUACUGGCGCAGGUCGAAGCUGCUGCUGCUCUUUUUCUUUUUCUUUGCCGCCGAACGUUUGGUGGGUGUCGGCACUGCCGAGAGUUUUGGGAAACGCAUGGUCUCUUGUGGUUUCUGUUUCCUGUUCCUUGCCAGCGAUCGUGCGGAGCCGGAACGCGAUCGAAUGGAUGUCACCGAGGCGGACCGUCCUGUCCUUGCGUCGGCCGCGGAUCUCGACCGAAACGACGAUUCCCUUCGGGGUGUGGAAGCGUCCCUUUCUUUGUUGUGUGGGAAGAUACGUUCUCUGGUGGUGUUAGAGCUCCGUAUCGUGGAAACAGAAGAGGCCGCACAAGGUUCUAUUGUUUUGCUCCUGCCGUCCGAUUGCGUUCUAGAUCCGCAAGAUAGCUUCAUCAAUCUGCUGCUGUUGCUCAGCCAUGGUGUCAUUCUGUUGCGACACUCCAAAUACGCACGGAUACAAUCCUAUCGAAACAAUAUUGUGGUUUUGUCUUGCGAUUUGUAUCACUUUUGGUGGCUUUCUACCGUAAGUUCUAUGGGAGGGUUUGGCAGGGGGUGACUGGUGCCUUUUCUUGUUGUCAGGCUUAAAUUGUCAAUGAUAAAGACGGUUAAAAUCAAUAUUGAUAAAGUUGGAAAAUGCGUCGAUUCAUUUCAUACAUCACGCGUGACAGUACGAGUAUCUACGGUACCGUACCGUACAGUGCUCAGACGAGAUCGUGCCUUUUGUGCGUUUUUUUUUUCAGUUGGGGUACACUAUGUCUCGUUCUACGGUUCGGUAGGGUCCGAUUCUCAAGGAAUUUUCUUCGAACGGAACAGAACCAAUUCAUAGCACUUCAUACAGCUUGGAAUUUUCUUUAUCGCGACAAAAAAGACUCGACAAUUUUCUUCCGAGCUGGCUGGUUCCAGAACUUUGAAUUUUUGUCGGGCAAGGCAUAAAAAAACUCCUUGGGAAGCAUUGAGUAGUACGAGUAGUAAGACCACUCUAAUCGGACUCGUGUCCAUCUGAACCCAUGAAUUUGUUAUUGCCUUAAAGUGAAGUGAUUGAAAAAUAUCAUGCUAUAACCAUAAGAUUUUUUCUAUUAUUGCCAUUUGGUUCCAUUCGCGGGUUUCAUUGUGCUUCGUGUGGGUUAUUUGUGCGGGUUUCAAUAGUCGGGUGGCCAUUCGUUACGUUGUCUUUCGAGACCCACCGAGAAGAGAAACUUUGUCGGAAAUUCAGUGGAACGAGGCUCGCAGUGCGAAAGAAUGUUCCGGAUCGUACGGUAUGAGAGUCAAGAAAAAAGAAAAGCCCUA